AUGGCUUCUUCUGAUAUCCAUGUGAAAGAACUAGAGAAGCAUGCCUCGGGACAGGCAUCUAAGCUGACACUUAGUCCUUGUUCAAAAGAAGCAGUCCCCGAAUUUCCCCUUUCCCCUCCAAAGAAGAAAGAUCUUUCACUAGAAGAAAUUCAGAAUAAACUAGAAGCUGCAGAAGAAAGACACGAGUCUCAUGAAGCUGAAGUCUUGAAUCAUCUAGCUGAGAAGUGGGAGCAUGAGAAGGAGAUGGUUCAGAAAGCAAUUGAAGAAAACAACAAUUUCAGUAAAAUGGCAGAAGAAAAACUGACCCACAAAAUGGAAGCUAACAAAGAGAACCAGGAGACACAAAUGGCUACUAAGCUGGAGAGUUUGCAGGAGAAGGAUAAGCACAUGGAGGAAUUGUGGAAGAACAGAGAGUCCAAAGACCCUGCUGAUGAGAAUGGAGCUGACUAG